ACAGAAGUUGCACAGCAAGACUCAGCCAUGGCAGAAGGCAAAACAGGAGGUGCCGGCCUGUUUGCCAAGCGGGUUCAAAAGCAGUUCAGCCGAGCUCAAGAAAAGGUUCUACAGAAACUGGGGAAAACCGUGGAAACAAAAGAUGAACAAUUUGAACAAAGUGCCUAUAAUUUCCAGCAGCAGCAGAUUGAAGGGCAAAAACUCUACAAAGAGCUGAAGGCUUUCCUCAUUGCUGUGAAAGGAAUGCAUGAAAGCUCCAAGAAAGUAUCUGAAACACUGCAAGAAAUUUACUGUGAUGAAUGGAAUGGACAUGAAGAAUUGAAGGCCAUAGUUCAGAGCAAUGAUCUUCUAUGGGAAGAUUAUGAGGAAAAACUGGCAGACCAAGCGAUCAGGACCAUGGACAACUACUUGAGUCAGUUCAAUGAAAUUAAAGAGCGAAUUGCCAAGAGAGGACGGAAACUGGUGGAUUAUGAUAUCAGCAGACAUCACUUGGAAACCCUUCAGAAUGCCAAAAAGAAAGAUGAGGUUAAAAUUGCUAAGGCUGAAGAGGAGUUCUAUAAAGCCCAAACUGUCUUUGAGGAACUCAAUAAAGAACUACGAGAAGAACUGCCGGUCCUUUACAACAGUCGAAUUGCAUGCUAUGUGACAAUAUUCCAGAAUAUUUCCAAUUUGAGAGAUAUCUUCUACAAGGAAAUGAGUAAGCUAAACCAUGACUUGUAUGAUGUAAUGAGCAAACUGGAGAACCAACAUUCCAAUAAAGUUUUCAUCAUUAAAGGGGUCUCCAGCAACAGAGGCUCUUUGGUUAUUUCAUCCCCAGUAAGCCCAACUAGCAACUCUUUUCUACCAGCAGAGAAUAGCAUAAAUGAGAUCUCCACAUCUCUCCUUGCCCCAAAUCAAGAAACAGAAACUAUUUCAGCCACCAAGGUGGCAUCCACAACUGUAUAUGAUGAUGAAGCAAAAGAAGAGGUCAAAGGAUUGCAAAAUGAGGCUGACCAGGGUGCCGAGUCAGGCUCUCAGGCUGCUAGUGGAACAGAAGGCAAACAGCAAGAGACCCAACUGGAAGAGCUUGAGGCUGCUUCCGGCAGGACCCUUGAGGCAGUGGCAAAGAAGCUUGCAGCUGAGAUUUUAUCACAGGCAAUGGUUGAAGCUGCUGACAAGAGGCAGAGCCUUUCUACAGAUUCCAAAGAUCCUGAACAACAGCCCUUCUUGGAGAAAAACAUUGAAGCCAAUGAUACACCUGGAACAGGGGAUGGUUCCUCACCCCAGGCAAAGGAUGAAAUCCCAACUCUACUGAAACCCGACCUUGAGCUUGCCGAAGAGAUCCAGGGUGAGAUACAGAUUGAGAAAGCGAAUGGUCAGAACCACAAAGGGCCACCUGAGGAGAGUUCUUCUUGCCCUGAAGAUGAUCCCCAAGAUCUUCCCUCUUCAACCAAAGAGGAAGGAGACUCAGAAGAAGUCCCAUCUGCAACUGAUGAAUCUGCUCCACCCAAUACGGAGACAGAUGAAAUUAGCCACAGCUGCAGAGAUGUAGAAGAUGAUAACAGUAGCAGUGAAGGAAGCAUGGAAGAAAUUGAGAUUUCCCCCAAGGGUACCAAUUCUCAGAUCAUUGCAAGUUUUUUCCCAGAAGCUAAAGAAGAGAAUGAGAACAAGCUACCCUUGGGAUUCCUAUUCAAGGCUCAAGCAACUCAAGCUUCAGAAGAUGACAAUCACCUUCAGUUUGGAGAAGGAGAUAUCAUACUUGUGAUAUCAGACAUUCAAGCAGAGGAAAAAGGAUUUUGGAUGGGAGUAAAAGAAAGUGACUGGAAGGAAAAUCAAGAUAUGCUGCAGAAAGGCAUUUUCCCCCAGGACCUCAUCAGAGCGGUCCCUCUGAAAUAAGCUCAAAAGCAACAGAAGGAAGGAAGGAAGGAAGGAAGGAAGGAAGGAAGGAAGGAAGGAAGGAAGGAAGGAAGGAAGCCACAUUUUCCAAAAUCUAGUUUUCUAUAAUUAUUAAAUCAUUUUUUUCUCCAGUCCAUCUGCCUCACAUCAGUAUAAUACCAUGCAGGUGGCAAUAUUUAUAUUAUAUGUGAAUUGAAUAAUAUGAGUUCCAUCUAUUAUAAGUCAGAAACUGGCAAUCUUUGAAAGAAAUUUGUCCUUCUGAAGCCUCUGCCUCAGAAGUACUUUUCUAAAAUGGAACAUCACCAUAAAUAGAAUAGCUGAUAGCCUACUUAUACAGUUGUGGUUUCUGGACCAUUUACUCACACUGACUCCUCAAGGAAGUCCUCCAUUUAAGCUAGUUGCAAUUUCGUUGCAUUCAUUUACUGGAAAAACUAAUACAAUUAAUAAUUGCAGUUCAAUGAUGCUUUUCUAGAAUAAGUUAAAUGAUUAUUUGGAGAAUGGAAAAAGUAAGAAAGAGGAUUAAUUUCUAUUCUGUAAG